AGUUUCCUGCUGGUGCUUCUUGGAUACUUAGGAGCAGGACAUGCACAGCGUGAUCCUGAAUUCACAUCCAGGGCUCGUCAAAUGCUCGCAGUCUUCGGCAACUCAGAGGUCGAUAGAUACACCAAGUCCCGAAAUUUGCCCGCAUUGAUUGAGUUCUACGAGAAGUACUCCAGUCGUCUGCCAUUGACGGUCCAGGAUCGGAACUUUGCCAACAAUGUGGUCAGGAGGUACCGGGCACAGAACAACCAGCAGGUCGAUGGUGUUCCUGCUCAGGGCGGAAUUGGUCUGGCGUUCGCGCUACUUCUUCCAUUCGCCAAGGCGAUCAGAGAAUAGUCAUACCAUCUGGUAGACUUUGGAUUUUAAAACAAUUCUUAACACAACUAUAAUCUUGAACAUAUAAAAUCAGUACAAUUCAAUGCAACCUCCAACCCUUUUUGGGAAAAUAGGCUGGAGCAGGUGGAUGGGUAUCCAUGGGGAUUUUCAGGUGUGUCGAUGUC